AUGACUGACAUGGUUCGGCUGGCCAACAUUCCCCGUGCCGUUCUCCCACCAAAGAAAAAGACGUAUGAGACUGCAGCCGAGUGGUACACAGCAUUGGCAGACAUGCACGUCGCACAGCUCAUCUUCCAACAUAACGAUCUGGUCAGUUCUGAAGACGAUUGCCGCAACAAGUACGUUGCACGCCAUGUCUUCCGCAGGUUGGCCAAAGAAGGUCACCUCUCGACCUUCGGAUUCGCCGAGGAUAACUGGUCUGCCCAGUCGUCCAAUAUUCCAAGCCACACACUCUCGCCCACCCCCUCAGGCUCCAACUCCUUCCGACUGUGGGGCGAUGAUUUCCGAGCUGGAAACAUACUCCUCGACGACUCAGAUGACAUCGCUGCCCUCGUCGACUGGGAAUACACGUAUAUUGGGCCCACGCAAUUCAUUUUCGACCCACCUUGGUGGCUCCUUAUCGAGACGGCCGAGAUGUGGUCGGCCGGCAUCGACGACUGGAGGGAAACAUACGACAUGCGCCUAAAGAUCUGGCUUUCUGCCAUGGAAAAAGCAGAAGCCAACAUCGCAGGCCCCAGUACUCUACCGGCACCGCUGUCUACUUACAUGCAGGAGAGCUGGGAAACGGGGCGGUUUUUCCUCAGUUACGAGGCACGGAAAAGUUGGGCCUUUGACGCCAUGUAUUGGAAGUUUCUGGAUAAGAGAUUCUUUGGCGGUCGACAAGACGGCGUUCUCAGGGAUGAGUUAUGGACGACGAGGGUGCACCUUUUGAGCGAAGAAGAGAGGGCAGCCAUGGACCCCUUUGUGAAGAGGAAGAUGGCGGAGUUGGAGGAAAGACGAAUUGUUGACUGGGACCCAAAGGAAGCCAGAGAGCGUUUUUCUGAUUUCUUGUUUGAUUGA